AGCUGCGGCACCAACCACUACAGCCAAACGGGGGCUGCUCCCUAUGACAUCAUCACCCAAAGCAGCCACUGUACCCACAAUGGCACCUUCUACAUGCAGACCUUUGGAUAUAAUACCAUUGAUGUGGUACCCAACUAUGAGAACUAUGCCGACACCAAGAUCUCUAGUGAGAUCAAGAAGCCGAGACCAACACUUGCAGAUCUGCACUCCUUUCUUAAGCAAGAAAAUAGCCACCGGCACCUGCCAAGAUAUGAAGCCAACAGAAGCAAAAGCAUCUCCGAAGAAGCAACGGAAGAAGAGGAUGCUAAGCAGAAAGAGAAGACUCAAGGAGACCCCGUCCGAUUUGGAUGGGUCAAGGGCGUGAUGAUUCGUUGCAUGCUUAACAUCUGGGGUGUGAUCCUGUACCUCCGACUUCCUUGGAUCACUGCACAAGCAGGCAUAGCGCUGACUUGGGUGAUCAUUCUAAUGUCUGUCACUGUGACCACCAUCACCGGAUUAUCCAUUUCUGCCAUCUCCACCAAUGGCAAAGUCAAAUCAGGUGGGACAUACUUCCUCAUUUCAAGGAGCCUUGGGCCAGAGUUGGGAGGCUCCAUCGGUCUCAUCUUCGCUUUUGCCAAUGCUGUGGCUGUUGCCAUGCAUACCGUGGGCUUUGCAGAAACAGUGCGAGACCUCUUGCAGGAAUAUAACUCAAGCAUGGUGGACCCUACCAAUGACAUCCGCAUCAUUGGGAUUGUCACUGUGACGGUGCUGUUGGGAGUAUCCUUGGCUGGGAUGGAGUGGGAAGCCAAGGCUCAAGUUCUCUUUUUUGUGGUGAUCAUGAUUUCCUUCAUUAACUACGUGGUGGGGACGGUGAUUCCAGCUACUGAAGAGAAGCAGGCGAAAGGAUUUUUCAGCUACCGAGCCAACAUUUUUGCUCAGAAUUUUGUUCCCAGCUGGCGGGGCCCUGAUGGCAGCUUCUUCGGUUUGUUUUCCAUCUUCUUCCCAUCAGCCACUGGCAUCUUGGCAGGAGCCAACAUUUCAGGUGAUUUGAAGGAUCCUGCUGUGGCAAUUCCUAAAGGAACCCUCAUGGCUAUUUUUUGGACAACCGUGUCAUAUCUGGUUCUUUCGGCUACCAUUGGUUCUUGUGUUGUCCGUGAUGCCUCUGGGAGCGUUAAUGAUACUGUCCUCGCUGGUUCCAUGGGUUGUGAAGGCAUUGCUUGCGGCUACGGCUGGAACUUCACAGAAUGUGCUCAGAGCCAAAGCUGUCGAUAUGGGCUCAUCAAUUAUUAUCAGUGCCUUUGUAAGGAUGAACUCUACCCGGCCAUUGGCUUUUUUGGAAAGGGCUAUGGAAAAAACAAUGAACCGAUUAGGGGUUACAUGCUGACGUACCUCAUUGCAGUUGGCUUCAUUCUGAUUGCGGAACUGAAUGCCAUCGCUCCUAUCAUCUCCAACUUCUUUCUCUGCUCCUACGCGCUCAUCAAUUUUAGCUGCUUCCAUGCCUCCAUCACCAACUCACCAGGUUGGAGACCCUCCUUCAGGUAUUACAGCAAAUGGGCAGCUCUGUUUGGGGCCAUUGUUUCUGUCGUUAUCAUGUUCCUGCUAACCUGGUGGGCUGCCCUCAUCGCUAUCGGGAUUGUGGUGUUCUUACUUGGAUAUGUUCUUUACAAGAAGCCUGGAGUUAACUGGGGCUCAUCUGUUCAAGCCGGUUCCUAUAACAUGGCCCUGAAUUAUUCUGUGAGUCUCAAUGAGGUGGAUGACCAUAUUAAAAAUUACAGGCCUCAAUGUCUCGUCCUGACUGGUCCUCCUAACUUUCGCCCAGCACUGGUUGAUUUUGUGGGCACUUUUACAAAAAAUUUGAGUCUGAUGAUCUGUGGGAAUGUGUUGAUUGGGCCCUGCAGACAGGCAAAUGCUGAAAUGGGACUUGCUUCCAAAGGCCACAUCAAAUGGCUGACCAAGCGAAAGGUCAAAGCUUUCUACACAGGCAUCUUAGCAGAGGACCUGAGAACUGGAGCACAAGUCCUUAUGCAGGCCUCAGGUCUUGGGAGAAUGAAACCCAACGUUCUUGUGCUUGGAUAUAAGAAGAAUUGGCAAGCAGCACAUCCUCAGACAGUGGAGGAAUAUAUCGGGAUUCUGCAUGAUGCUUUUGACUUCAAAUACGGAGUAUGCGUGAUGCGCGUGAAGGAGGGACUUAAUAUUUCUCGGAUCAUGCAGGCUCACAUUAAUCCAGCUUUUGAUCCAGUGGAAGUUCCCCAGAAAAGUAGUGAAGUACCUGCCGUGACAGGCACAUUGGAUCCAGAUGCUUCGGUGGCGGAACAACAGGCGAGCACCAUUUUCCAGAUGAAUCAAGGCAAGAAAACUAUUGAUAUCUACUGGCUGUUUGAUGAUGGAGGUCUGACUCUUCUCAUCCCUUACCUCCUUGGCCGCAAAAAGAGAUGGGGGAAAUGUAAGAUCCGAGUAUUUGUUGGUGGGCAGAUCAACCGGAUGGACGAAGAGCGGAAAGCGAUUGUCUCUUUAUUAAGCAAGUUUCGGCUUGGAUUUCAUGAGGUCCACGUCCUUCCAGACAUUAACCAGAAACCCCGACCUGAACAUGUGAAGAGAUUUGAUGACUUAAUUGCUCCGUUCAGACUGAACGAUGGCUUCAAAGAUGAGGCGGUGGUAAACGAGAUGCGUCACGGCUGCCCAUGGAAAAUUUCCGACGAAGAGGUUGCAAAGAACAAAGCUAAGUCACUUCGACAAGUGAGAAUGAAUGAAAUUUUGCUGGAUUAUUCGCGGGAUGCUGCCCUUAUUUUCAUAACCAUGCCAGUUGGCCGAAAGGGAUGUCCCAGUAGCCUCUACAUGGCUUGGCUGGAGACCCUCUCGCAAGAUCUGAGGUCUCCUGUCAUCCUGAUCAGAGGCAACCAGGAAAACGUCUUGACUUUUUACUGCCAGUAG